UUCAACAGACAUACGAUUGAAACCCAAAUCCGCAACCGAUCGCGCUGCAUUUUUCUCGCCUUUUCUAUUUCUUUAUUCUUCCCAUUUUCGUCUCCUCCAAUUCUUAAACAAGAAAAAAAAUGUCGAAACUAAACUCACUGGGCAACUCGUUCGUGACUCAGAACCAAUUCAUGGACUCACUCACAGCACACAUCUCGCUCUACCAUUCCAACUCGCUCCCCGUAAUUCAAAAUCAAAAUCAAAACCCAAGGUCUUCAAUUCUCAAAUGGUUCUCAUCUCUCACAAUUCAUCAACGCCAAGCUCAUCUCACAGCCGUCGAUUUUAAAUUCGUACAGAUCCUCAUUCAAAUGCUAGCCAAGCUCCGUUCACAAGGUCACUGCCGUUUCAUUAUUCUCCCCGACCUUCCCUCAGGUGACGACCUUCUCCCCGGCCUCUGUUAUAAAAAGUCACGUGGCCUCUUAUCUCGAGCUGCCGAGUCAAACGAGUCAGAACGGCUGAUUUUUGAGUCGACUCGGCUUUUCGGUUCAAGAGAAGGUGAGAAAACAAACGAAUGUUGUUCCUCAUCGGUUAAGAGUUUGGAUACGUUGACUGUAAGCGAGGACCUGGUUGGUGACGUGGAUAAAUUUGUUCAUAUCAUGGAUAGGGUUUCGAAUGGGGGAUUUUUGAGAGGAGAAGAGAGUGAAUUGGGAUGUGAUUGGGUGGAAUUGGAGUGGCUUAAAGCUAAGGGUUAUUAUAGCAUUGAAGCUUUUGUGGCGAAUAGAUUAGAAGUUGCGUUGAGGCUAGCGUGGUUAAAUUGUGGUAAUGGUAAAAAAAGAGGGGUGAAAUUGAAAGAGAAAGUUGCUGCUGCUGGUGCUGCUGCUAAUGUUUUCUUGAGAAAGAAAGGGUGUGUUGAUUGGUGGUUAAAUUUGGAUGAUGAAACCAGGAGGAAAUUUUUCAAUGUGGUUCUUGGAAAAGCUGCAAAAUCAUUGACGUGUGAGAUCCUUAAGGGGGCGAGUGUUGCUCGAGAGGAUGAGAGGUGGUUGUUCGGAUCAGGAGCAGAACAACCAUUGAGGCAUAUUUAUUCUGAAUCACAUCGACAAGCUAUUCUAAAACUCCCAGCUGAUGCAGAGUUUGGUUUGCCUAUUAAAUGUGGUUCCAUGUCUGGGUCCUCCCGGAAAGCUGCUUCUUUGGAGAAUCUAUUUAAUUGCUUAUUUGUGGUUCGAGACAUCGUCAGUUUGAUUUUGCCUGGUGAACAUAGGGCGCGUGAUGUGUCAAAGAUAUUUUUUAGCACCUUGAGUUCUGUGAAUAGCAUUUCUGAUUGUGUAUUAAGAAAAAUACGGGCACUUGUCAUGGUUAUUUCACUUGAGUUCACAAGGCUGGAUCUUCUUGAAGAGGGAGAUAUGAAGCAUUUAACCAAUAAACAAAAGGAAAAGCCUAGCACAGGAAGUCGUAGGAAGAAAGGAAAGACUACUAAAAUGAAAAGGUCAAAUCCUGAUCUGCAAACAGUUGCAAAUAAAUCUUCUGUCAAUAAACCUCUCAAGGAUCUUGAGUAUGCGCAGAUUCAUCCUGAGAUGGUUGACGCAAUGGAGUUCAAUGAGAUGCUUGAUAUACAUCUUGGAAAGGAAAUACAAGGAGGCACAUUGUCUUCAGCAGUUGAAAUGGAACAUUCCCAAGGAUUGGUUCUUGAAAAAAGACGAACUGCUGCAAGGAAAAACAGGAAGGGGAGAACUAAAAAUAAAAGUAGAAAUUCUGACUUUAACAAUUCCAGCGUAAUGAGAAAUCUUGUUCUCUCUUCAGAAAACAUAAGUUUCACUGGCUCUGCUAUUGAAUCCAGUAAGGAGGAAAUUGAUGCCCGAAGCAUUCAUGAAAGUUAUGUCAUUGGCUGCGAUCAAGGCAUAUGUCAAUUAGGCUCGGAGCAUAAGCGGUCCUCAAAUGGCCAGAUUGAGGACAAAAGCAUUUCAUCUAAACCAAAAAGAUCAAAUGUUAAAACAGCAAAAAAUGUCACUUCACAUAUAGUGGACAUGCCUGAACGUGACACUGUUUCCAGCAUCGAAGACAAUACCUAUAAGAAUGAAGAAUCCAAGGGAAGCUUAAAUAAUUCCAACAAAGUGGUCGGAACUCUUAAUGUCACAGAAGAUUCCAUUUUAUUUGAGAGACAGGAAAGUAAAAGAUUUGAUAAGGCCAAAUCGACCAACUCUUCAGGGUACAUUUCAUAUGAGUGGCCUAGUCUAGCUCCUGUCUACUUUUCGUCUAUUACUUCACAUCUUCUUCCUGCUGCUGAUAGAUUGCAUCUGGAUGUUGGUCGUAACUGGCAUAAUCACGUUCGCCAACCUUUUGUUCCUACAAUGCACCAGGCAAGAAAUCCUCCCCUUGAGAGUGGGUAUAACCUGCCACUACCUCGACCAUUGCCAAUGAGUUUGGAUUGGCCCCCAGUGGUAAGGAGCAUUUCUGGAUUGGCUCCCUCCAUGACAUGCAAUUAUGAUUCUGGAUUUAUCUCAAGGUGGCAGUCUGCAUUUUACCAGAGUUUUACUGCUCAUAACGUUCAAUUUACUGCAACGACCGCUGAUGAUGAGAGAAGGUAUUCUGGGGACUUUAUAGACGCACCUGAAUCAGCAAAUGCACAAGAACUAAUGGAGGAAUAUGAAAGUCAUUGGAUAUCAGAGGAAGAAUUGGAAAUGCAUGCAGUUUCUGGGAUAGAUUAUAAUCAAUACUUUGGUGGCGGUGUGAUGUACUGGAAUCCUUCUGAUCAUCCGGGCACUAGUUUUUCUCGACCACCUUCCCUGAGUUCUGAUGAUAGCACGUGGGCCUGUCAUGAAGCUGACAUGAAUAGGACAGUUGAUGACAUGGUUGCCUUCUCUUCUUCUUAUAGUACAAAUGGUUUGGCUUCACCAACUGCUGCGUCAUUUUGUUCUCCAUUUGAUCCUCUAGGACACCAAGCACUUGGUUAUGUUGUAUCCGGAAACGAAGUACCUGGAAAGGUUACGCCAUCUUCAUCAACAGUGACAGACACAACUACAGAGGAGGAGGUAACUGGACCUUUGGCCAAUUUGUUAUGUGAUGCUGAAGGAAAAGUGGGAGAUUCAUUUCCUUACCCUAUUUUGCCUCCUAUCAUAAUUCCAAACAUCUCAAGGGAAAGAUCAAGAUCUGAGUUCAAGCGUAGUCAUAAUCAUAAAAGCCCAUGUGUUCCUCCUUCUAGGAGAGAACAUCCUCGCAUUAAAAGGCCACCAUCACCAGUUGUGCUUUGUGUCCCACGGGCUCCUCGUCCACCUCCACCCUCUCCUGUGAGCGACUCCAGAAAACAUCGAGGUUUUCCGACUGUUAGGUCUGGUAGCUCCAGUCCAAGGCAUUGGAGUAUGAGAGGUUGGUACCAUGAAGGAAAUAGCUCAGAGGAAGCUCGUGUACACGUGAAUGGUACUGAAGUUAUUUUGCCUUCUUGGAGAAACAAAAAUAUUUCAACCCAUCCGAUGAUUAAGCCCCUCCCAGGAAGUCUGCUGCAAGAUCGUCUGAUUGCUAUUUCCCAGCUAGCAUGUGAUCAAGAACAUCUAGAUGUGUCAUUGCCAUUACAACCACCUGAGUUGCAGAACUGUUCGGGAAGGAAGACAUCUCUUUCUUUGAUGCAUAGCCUCCUUCAUGAUGAAAUUGACUUUUUCUGCAAGCAGGUUGCUACAGAAAAUAUGGAUCGGAAGCCUUUUGUUAAUUGGGCAGUCAAGCGGGUUACUCGGUCUCUCCAGGUCUUAUGGCCUAGAUCCAGGACAAAUAUCUUUGGUUCAAAUGCAACUGGACUGUCCCUCCCGACAAGUGAUGUUGACCUUGUCGUUCGUUUGCCUCCAGUGAGGAACUUGGAACCUAUCAAGGAAGCUGGGAUUUUGGAAGGCCGUAAUGGCAUAAAGGAAACCUGUCUUCAGCAUGCAGCUAGGUAUCUUGCCAACCAGGAGUGGGUGAAAAAUGACUCACUGAAGACUGUUGAAAAUACAGCUAUACCAAUCAUUAUGCUUGUGGUGGAGGUCCCCGGUGAUCUGAUCAACUCUGCUGCUUCUAGUAUGCAUUCACCAAAGGAUGAGCCAACUCUUUUGAUUGCUGAAAAUGAAAAUAAUGUUCACCCGGAUACAGUAAGCUCAGAAGAGUCGAGUUCUCCAAAGUGCUUACAAGUUAAUCAUGAUAGUUCUAAGGAUGUGAAAUCAAUUCGUCUUGAUGUCAGCUUCAAGUCUCUAUCGCAUACAGGGCUUCAAACUACAGAAUUGGUAAAAGAUCUUACUGAGUGGUUUCCAGCUACAACACCUCUUGCUUUAGUACUUAAACAGUUCUUGGCAGAUCGUGGCCUUGACCAGUCCUAUUCUGGUGGCUUAAGUUCAUAUUGCUUGGUGCUACUUAUUACACGUUUUCUGCAGCACGAGCAUCAUCUUGGCAGGCCUAUCAAUCAAAAUUGGGGAAGCCUUCUGGUGGAUUUUUUUUACUUUUUUGGGAAUGUGUUUGAUCCUCGCCAAAUGCGCAUCUCAGUGCAGGGAAGUGGAGUAUAUUUGAACAGGGAAAGAGGUUGUAGUAUUGAUCCACUACAUAUUGACGAUCCUCUCUUCCCAACAAAUAAUGUGGGAAGAAACUGUUUUCGGAUACAUCAGUGUAUUAAGGCAUUCUCAGAAGCUCAUUCAGUUUUAGAGAAUGAGCUGACGUCCCUUCAUGACAAGGCUGAUGCAUGUUCAAAGUCUCCAUUUAGGUUGCUUCAGAAAAUCAUACCAAGUAUCAACUCUUUGCUGAGAACCUAAUUAUCUGCAGAGUACUUAUCUGUUUGUAAGCUGUUCGUACUCCAAUUGCAACAUUCAGCGACGAAGUUGAUUCUGAACUACGAAGGAAGUUAUACAGAUGUAAGCAGGCAGCUUAUGGCUGUGCUAAGAAGAUUGUCACUCCAUGCUUUUUGGUCUGCCCGACAAAAAGAGAGCUGCCUGCAUCUUUCAGAAAGCAAUACAUAUUUGCCCGAGUCCAUCCCUGUGGUAAUUUCAUUCAGAAAUCGUCUCACUUCUUCAGCUGUAAUACAACUGCUGAGUAGUUGCGUUAUUGAUUGGGAGGCAAGGUUUUCCUUUUCCAGCUUCUGCAUCGAUCUGAAACUGCUAGUGAAAUAUCGAAAAACGAAAAGAAGAAGGAAUACAGAAGAGAAGAAAGCAAGUUGCAGCCAGCGGACGAAGCAAGUGUUUUUCCGUCCAUCCCAUAUUUGCAGCCUUGGCUCGUGGGAGGAUGAGUUGUGAUGAAGAUGGAGCAUGAGAAUGUAGGAGAUCAAAGGGGUUUUCUGUUCAGUUCGCUCCACGCCCUAAGUUCCCAUAGAAUAAGUGAAAUUAGAACAUGGAUUUUGUCAUUUGCAAGAGUUCUCCAGUAUGCUCCAAUUGCGUGAAACUGGGGUGUGACGAAAUGCAAAUCAAAUGCUUAAUGGAAGGUUGAGUCGGAUAGAAUGUCUAGGAAUAGAAUAUUAGAAUUCCAACAGCAGAGAAGAUGGAAUUGAAAAAUUCAAGAACUGAAGAGAAGUAGUUGUAUUGAUAGAAGAAAAAAAGUAAUUAUAAUGUAUAUAUAAACUCGGAAAUGAACAAAGAAUAGUACUUUUAAUUGUAUAGCAAGAACUGUAAAGUAUGUUAUAAAGACUAUAUAACAAUAUGCUGAUAAUGAAAGCAGAAAUUUUACCGUGAAAA